AUGAUGGAAGAGGAUGAGGAUAUGAACACGGGUGGCGCACUGCCCGUCAUCAUUCCCGAAUGGAACACCAAUACCAUUCGUGGCGCGGCCAACCAAGGGCAACACAACAACACCACAUUUCACCAAUCACACCAUCAUCAAUUAUUGGCGACGAAUGUUGCGGCGGCAGUUGCGGCAGCCGCGGCGAAUGUUGCUGCGUCGCAACAAAACGGCGUCAAAAUUGGUGGGGGAGGUGUUGGUGGACAUGCACCAUUGUUAACUAAUCGGUAAGUUGCUCAUAUUUCAUAUUAUUUGGAAAAAAAGAGCAUUGCUCAUGUUUAUCCAACAAAGUUUUCAAAAAAAAAAAGAUUGCUCAGAUUAGUGUGUUUUUUUUUGCAGAUCGAUCUCACAACCAGCACCACUUUCACCAGCUUCAAUUGAUCCGGAUAAGAGGUUGGUGAACAUUUAGGCUUGUGUAAAAUAAGGUUAUGACGUGGCUAAUAGUACAAACUGACUUAUGAUUUUUCAACAGAAGAUUUGAAACAGUGAAAAUUUCUAUUGGAAAAUUCAAAAAAAUUUGACGUGAAAAGAAGUUCUCUACUAAACUAUUAAAUUAAUUAUUAUUGAGAGCUUUGAAACAGUGAAUUUAUUUGAACUGGAAAAUUUGAAUUCAAAAUUUUCGGCUCGAAUUAUUUCACUGUUUUGAAAAAAUUUCAUAAUAUUUCAGUUCUGAAAAUCAUUGAAAUGUUGAAACAGUGAAUUUUUUCUAUUCGAAAGUUUCAAAUAUUUAAAUUCUUGCUCAAUUAUUUAUUAUCUUCAAAAAUAUCUCAAAUCCUAUAUUUUUAAAUUUGUUUUUAUCUCGGUGAUUUUUAUAACAUAUAAAUUAAAAUUCGAAUCCACUUUUUUGUUUGAGGAAACCCUGAAACAGUGAUUUUUUGAAGGUGUCAACAUAAAAAUAUUUAUAUUUAAACUUCAGUUUUUUUUACUUUUUCUGACUUUGAAAUAGUGAAUUUUAAUCGGAAGCAUCAAAUUUGCUACGAAAAAAAAUUUCAAAAAAAAAAUCCAAACAUUUCCAGUUUCCGAAUUCGCCGUCAAAUCGCGAAUUGCAACGAACGUCGUCGGAUGCAAAGCAUCAAUGCGGGUUUCAUGUCGCUUCGCGCACUUUUACCGCGAAAAGAAGGCGAAAAACUAUCAAAAGCGGCGAUUCUUCAACAAACCGCUGAUAUGGUUCAUCAACUUCUCGCUGAAAAAUCGAUGCGACUCGGUGGCGACGCGACAAUCGCAUCGCUUCCCCAAAAGAAACCCAAACUCGAAGAGGAUAAUAUCGAGAUGGAGCAACGCGCGACAAUUCGCAAAUUGCAAGCGAGUUUGGAGAAUGAGCGAAAUUCGCGGCGACUUUUGGAACAACAAGUCGCGCAACUUCGCGAAAUGUUGCAGGCGCCUUCUUCGUCGUCGCCAAUUAUGAUCGCAACAACUUCAUUUACAUCAAAAGAGCAACGAAAACCGUCGAUUGCUGAAACAACAGCUUUGUUGAGUUUGAAUGGUGGUUCACCGUGUAGUAGUUUAACUUUUUGUGGUGGUGUUGAGAAUGGAAAUACGACACCAACUGUGAUUCGACCCACGCCUUUGGCACCAAUUAGUGGUAAGUUAUAAAGUGAAAACAUGUUUUGGAUUUGAAUUAUGAAACAAAGUUGAAUUAACUAUUUUGUUAAUUUUUUUCAAUUCAUAGAGAUUCCGAAACAGUGAAAUAUUUUUUUGAUAAAAAUUUGUAUUCAUUUCGUCCCGAAAAUGAUGAUGAUAUCAAUAUUUCUCAAAUUCACUUUUUUGAUUCAUGAAAAUUUUGAAACAGUGAUUUUUUUUAGAUUAAAAAAUUGUUGUGGAAUCAAAAUAUUAUCUGUUAUGGAAAUUUUUGGAAAAAGUGAAUAAAAUUUUGAGAAAAAAUGUAUUUUUCUCAAAAAAAAAUCACUGUUUCAAAAAUUCGGUAAAUUCGAAAAACUGGAUUUUAAAAUGUUGGGAGAUUAAUAAAGAAAUCAAUUAAAUUAAUUCCGAAUAUUCAGAUUUUUUCGGUUUAAUAAAAUGACCAAUCUUAAUUUUCAGUCGAAGUCUCAUCGCCAUCUCUCUCAACACCAUCUCCUCUUACAAUCGCUCCACCCAAUAUCAUCUAUCAUCAAACUGCAGCUGCAACUCAAAAUAUACCGCCACCAACAACAAUCGCAGCUCAACAACAACAAUUGUUAAAUGCUGUCAAAGCUGUCGUUUCGUCUUCUUUGUCAAAUACAGGCGCUUCGACACCAGUUGGAUGCUUGCCGACAAUUUCCGGGUUACACCAACAACCUUCGGCGUUUGUGUGAGUUUGACUAGUCGGGAAACACAUUUUGGUACAUAUGAUUGAACGUGACCUGAAAAUGAUAAGCUAGAAGUACUGUAAUCUCAAAGCUCUCUGACGCUACGAGAAAUCCCGAACUACAAAAAUUACUGUAUCUUAUUCCAACUGCAAGGAUCCAAACUAGUUCAAAAACAAACUGUACCACAAAGCUUUUCAGGAUUAAUAGAUUACUGUAGUUCAAAAAAUCCCUGUAUUUUUUUGCAGAAGCACUCAACCAUCUCAUUCUCAACGUUCUCUUCAAACAAUUCUCGAUGCAAUUCGUCAUCUCGAAGGCAGCGCUUUUCUUCCACCAUCUCCACCGCCAAAUUCAACUGCAUCCACCACUCAAACCUCACUUGUUCGCUGA